CGUUGGGGUACCAAACCGAACCCUCGUUUUCGUUCUUCUUUUCUCUUUCCCACAUCUUCUUUGUGUCUGAAAAAUGGCGAAGAAAUCUUCCAUUGGAAUCGGUACUUUGAUGCGUAAGAAGCUUUCUGAUAUCACUAACAACUCUGACUCUCAACACAACCUACUUCCUCUUCCACUUCCCGCCAUCGACGCCGAUAUCCCUUCCAUUCAACAACUCCUCACUGAAAGAACGCAGUUAAUACAACUCAUUGCAGAGAAAGACGAAUUGAUAGAAUCUAGCGGAGCUGAGUUGAGAAGAAUGCAAGCCGAUAUCAAGAAACUCCAACUCCAAAAUCGGAACCUUGCUCAGUCUAACAGCUUAAUGUUAGCGGAGGUUAAUUUGGGAAGGGAUAAGAGAAAAAUAUUGCAACAUGAGAUUUCAUGCAGAUCUGCUUUAAUCAAAGCAAAUGCCCUAAAAGCUGGUAAUAAUGAUGAAGGAAGACGCAAAAGAAGUAGAUCUAUUGGUUCUGAAAAGGUUAAAGACAAUAAUAGAAGACGAUCGAGGAGACAUUCGGCUUUCGUGGAAACACAUGAACACGAAGCUUCAGAGAAUUUGUUUGAGAUAGAGGAUACAAUAAUGUUGCAUCCUUGUUCAGCAGGAGAAAGAUCAAAGUUAAGAAAUGAAGCUCCAAGAAGUUCUUUUGGAAGACCAUUGAGAAGAGCAGCAGAGAAGGUUCAAUCUUACAAGGAAGUUCCUUUAAAUGCCAAAAUGCGAAGACUAGAAUAAUGAAUGAACCAAAUCAAAGUGGUAGAACUCUUAGCUGUGUUCAUGUUUAUUUGAGUAUGCUGUAUCUUGUGUUAUUUUGUUGUAAUCUCGAUGCUAUUUUUUUUUUA